AUGAAGCACCUAUCUCGUCGGGGCUCUGACAGUCACUACUACUACUACUACUACUACUACUACUACUACUACUACUACUACUACUACUACUACUACUACUACUACUACUACUACUACUACUACUACUACUGCUACUGGUGUCUUUCCUCCAGUCCUCUGAAGCGGAACUGCGGUGUAAUUAUCAUGGCGUCGACACAUCGUUGCUUCCGAUCUCGGAUGGUGUUUGGACUUAUGAUUGGCCGAAUGAAGGACCACAGUUUCUAG